ACCUUGCAGCUGGCGCAAACGUUGAAUUGAAAUGGGUCCAUUGAAAAUCGGAUGCGGUAAAAAGUAUCAAAUCUAUCCGGCAACAUGCUCAAGACCUAGAUCUCUCUCGACCAUAUAAGUCUUAUGGGUCUCACAAGGUUAAAAGUGAUAUAGCAGCAUGAUGGUAUAAUCAACUGUACCAUGCCUAUUCUCCCCUCACUCUCUCCCCUGUCAAGUUUUCAGCUUGGCCUGCGGGCCAUCACUGGUAACUCCGGGAGCUCGCUGAUUUCUUAUGCGGCUCGCUCGUUUUCGACGAGGCACCAUUCCAUAACACCAUGCUGCCGAUAUAAUAACAGAGGGGCCAUGAGCCCUUUAACAAUUCCGAGAAAUUCCCGUCCAAAUAGCCUGUCACCUCGAAUAUUCGUUCGAAUGUUGUCUAGAUUCCGCGCGAUUACACAUUACUUGAAAGUACCUGAUUCCUACGAAGAUAGCCAGGGCUUGCCAUUCCGAAAGGAAGAUCUCAACCAAAGAGAGGUUAACCAGAUAUUUGGUGGAGGGCACCUCCCUGCUUCGUUGGCAAACAAGCUUCUUCGAAUUUUACAUGGUCGUCGAGUAGCAGGAACUCUAGAUGACCCGAAUCUUCGAGCGAAUACGGCCCAGUUCAGCGCUGCGGAUCAAAGGAAAGCAUUGGGAUAUCUACGUGCUAAUAUUCCCGUAGACGAGGUUAUUAAUGCUGGCCUACGAGCCGAGGAUGAGCUCCAAUACUUAGAGCUAGAAGACGAGAGUGGCGAACAGCAAACCGGAGAAAGUAGCCCGCAAGGACCCUCUUCUGAUACCGUAACGAAUGAAACUUUAACCCCAACCGGACGACUCCCGAAAAUAAAUAAAACCGAUUCACCUUAUGGAGUAAGUCCUCUCGACCGAAUUCGCGCCCAUAACAUUGCGAAACGCGAGGCGGAAGAGAAGAGGUUGGAGGAAGAACGGAAGAAGCGCGAGGAAGAGGAGGCGUCAAAGAACAUCGGCACUCUCCAGACUGAGCAGCAGAAGCCGAAAGAGUUGAGCCCGUUCGUGAAGAAGUGGGCAGCGCGCGCAACAUCCGACCUCAAGGCACCUCCCGAGAUGAAAGCUUGGGAACGUCUGCUCCCACAAUUUGUUAUGACCAUUCUAGUCUUGGCGGGAUGCGCCGCGUAUGCUAUCGUAUACACGCCGCCUAAACGAUCUGAAAGAUUAUGGCCGACUAUUCCGCCUGCAGCUGCAACUUGUCUUGCUAUCAUCGGAAUUAACUUGACAGUUUGGAUUUCCUGGAAAUUACCACCGCUAUGGGCGCUCCUGAACCGAUACUUCAUAGUUAUUCCCGCGACACCGCGGCCCCUCCAGUUGGUUGGAGCGAUCUUUUCUCAUCACAAGUUUAGCCACGUAGCCUUAAACAUGGUAGCGUUUUGGUUCUUCGGCAUUCGGCUUCACGACGAGAUUGGAAGGGGCAAUUUUCUCGCCUUGUGGUUUGCUUCUGGAACUUUAGGGUUCAUGAGUAGUCUGACACGUUUAGUUCUCUCUGGAGGCUUAACGUACACGACACUUGGGGCUUCGGGGGCAAUUUACGGAAUCAUCGGUGCAUAUUUCUGGCUACACAAGUACGACGAGUUUAAACUAUUUGGGUACCCCCCUGAUCCGAUGUCUGGCCCGCAGGGCUUAGCCUUUAUCGGCCUAAUAUUGGGCCUACAUGUGCUCCCCCUAUUCUCGAAGAGGUCACAUAACCUCGACAUUGCAUCGCACUUAGGAGGUAUCUUAGCGGGCGUAGCCGGGGCGGACCUUGUCAAGAGACACAUGGAUGAGAAGGCGAGGGUUAGGGCCGAAAGGCUAAAGACUAUGGGCGCACUGGAGAAGACUGUUCAAGUAAAGGAGAAGGACUCUAAGGGGACGCUCCAAACGGCUGUCGGGCGUUAAGCGAUGACCAAAAUUACUAGUUACAUACAUGUACUUAGUCUCUAUUCUCCCUGUACAUAUUUACAGGUCUCGAAGUUGAAAGGCGGCGGCCAUGUAAAUAUUGUACAAUAUACUGACUGAUAUGAUAGAGCUUGUAUGUAUAUAGAAAGACUCCAUCUCAAGAUAUCAGGUAAUACCUGUUAAGAACCCAGCAUGACCUUUGCGGAGUAUUCGUCCUACCCACAGGGGACGUACGUCAUUUCUUAGGGUAGCAGUUCUAAUUAGGGGAAUAACUUAUGUGCAGCAGAUGCGUGCGCUUAAACCAACGAAUAGCUUCGAAGUGAAAACGUGUAAGACAUGUACACAUUUCCAUGGCUCAGCCUGUCAUCUGCCCUAACGGGUUCAUACUCGACGCGCGUCGGCGUAUGACAAUAUGUAGAAAAUAUCUGUGGUUGAGAGAGCAAGUUGCGAGACUAUUCUAUCG